GCCAGGCCGCAUCGCGACAGAGAUGCUCCAGGGCUCGCUCAAAAGCACAACCCCUCGCGCAACACCACAGACACGGACGCAGCUGCCGCCGCCAUCUUCUCACCACUGCACAAGGCCUCACCUGCGCACAGGCUCUCUGCGCAUCCACACUACACUACAUCACCCGAUGACAGCACCGCGUGCACCGUCUCUGCAGCUGCGAAUCGCGUACGGCUUCUACCAGUAGCCCCAGUUCUUGACAUCACGACCGCAAGGUCCCCGUCCUCGGCGUCGCCAACGCAGCCUACCGUUCAAGGACAGCGACGUCAACAGCCAGCGCAUAUAUGGCCAGCAUCGACCGCUACCGCCCGACCGGCGGGCGCGAAAGCUACCAGCCGCCGGUUGCUGGCCUCAGUGGCAACCGCAUCAAGUCUCCCACAAAGAGGCGCGAAAUCCCUCCUGCCGUCCCGUCGCCCCCGACCUUCUCAUCCAGAAACUCUCCGCCGCAUUCCCAAUCGCGAACUACAGCGUCGUCCUCCCAAUCCACUCCCAGAACGCCAGUGGCAUCUCGCAACCAGUGGCUCUUUACGCCCGAAGAAAUACUCAGCAGCCCAAGUGUCCUCGACGGCAUUAGUCCAGCGGAGGAGAGACUACGGCGCGCAAAAGGCGUCAACUUUAUCUACCAGGUUGGCGUGCUGCUCGAGCUGCCCCAAACCACACUCUACGUGGCGGGCGUGUUCUUCCACCGCUUCUACAUGCGAAGCAGCUUAGUGGAAGAGAAGCAUGGCGUGCAUCACUACAACAUCGCCGCGACAGCACUGUUUCUUGCCAACAAGAUCGAGGAGAACUGCCGAAAGACCAAAGAUGUCAUCAUCAACAUUGCGAAAGUCGCCCAGAAGAAUUCGAAACUCAUCGUCGAUGAACAAUCGAAAGAGUACUGGCGCUGGAGAGAUAGCAUCCUCAUGUACGAGGAGGUCAUGCUGGAGAAUCUCACCUUCGACCUGAUGAUAGAGAAUCCCCACAUCAAGCUCUACGAGACCCUAGGUCACCUUGGCGUCAUCCACAACAAGGCACUCCGGCAUGCCGCGUGGGCAUUCUGCAACGACUCAUGUCUUACCUCGUUACCGCUACUGAUGGAGGCACGGGACAUUGCGAUUGCGGCGAUCUUCUUCUCGGCCACGUUUACUGGCGAACAGAUUCCAGACAUCCACGAACGAUCUUGGUGGAAGGCGAUCAAUGCUAAUGAGGACCACUGCGCAAAGGCCAUUGAAACCGUGGCCGAGUUCUACAAGGAGAACCCUCUACGCAAGACAGACAACCCUUACAACGGUGCGUCGGAUUUCAGCCUGGAGAACACCCGGCGGCGCCUGGACGACUCCAGCAAUGGCGUCACCCCAAGGACAGAAAACGGCACACAAAGCCCACAAGUCCGAGCGAACGGCGCAGACCAGAAAGAGAUGGAAAUCGAAGCUGAAAAGGCGUCUCAAAAAGCUCCUGGAGACUCGGAUGCCGCGCUCAAAGAAGCAGCCAACGAUCCCACAAUACAUCAGAGCACAAGUGCAGGCAGCAUGGGAUCGCCGAGGUCAAAGAGAAAGGAGUUUGAGGCCAUGGACACGGACGACAGGGACUCAAAACGCCAGAAGACGGAGUCAGAAGACGACGAGGGUGAGGUACACGAAUAGAGUCGUGCUACUCGAUAUUUUCUUCGACCACGGCCGCGGAAGGUCUAAACCGCAUGCCGUCACAUCCGGUAUAUCAGUGUGUCAGUUUAUAUUUCAGCAUAUUCCACGGCGGCAUUUUGCGGCCCGCCGUGCGACGAGGACUGGUGGCGUUUGGGUGUCGCGCUGGCCGGAUUGAACUUGGUGCAGUAUCAUUCCAGGCGGCACAUUUUGAGAUUGGUCCUUACCUACG